GUUCACUCAGCCAUGUCUCCGUGAAGCACAAAACGGAAGAUGUUCAGGAACACGUCUAUCCUGUCUCUCUCCAUGCUUUCCUGCCUUAUCCAACUGUCUCUAACUAUGUAUAAACAGCUGAAGAUGUUGUCCAGUGUUUUUGUACAUUUCAUUUAAACAUUUCAUGUAUUCCGCCAUCCUUUGAGUUGACAAGAUUUACAUUGUGUAUGUUCAAAAGGACCAUACUUAAAAGGGACAGCCUUAAAGUUCAGUUUGGUUCUUUUAGGUAGGUUUUUUUCCUACUCUAAUUUCUUCAAUCCAUUCAUGACAGAUAGACUCUGUCAUUCUUCUCCAGUCAUGGCUUCCACCAUCAACCUCCUGUCUGAAGAGCAGUUCCGCUGCUCCCUGUGCAUGGAGGAAUUUUCAACAAGGAUUUUACAUUUGGGGAAAGCAAAUAGUAGGCUAGGACUAGGCUACAAGGACAACACCGCUGCACACAUGGUCCUUCACUGUACUCCCUAAACUCCACCCUCUGACCGAACCAUGAAAUCACUCCCUCCUCCCACUACAGUUGUUAUUCUGAAGAAACGAAACCGAUCUCUCUUUCUCUCGCUCCCUCUCCCUCUCUCCACUUGUGUUUGUGUGUGAGAGAGAGCGACCGUCACUACCACACCAGCAUGGCCCGGCAGGGAGUUGUGCUGGACCAGGACCAGUUCUGCUGUUCCAUCUGUCUGGACCUCUUAAAGGAUCCUGUCACCCUCCCCUGUGGUCACAGCUACUGUAGCAGCUGUAUCGAGGGCUGCUGGGACCAGUAUGAGCAGAAGGGAGUCUACAGCUGCCCCCAGUGCAGACAGAGCUUCACUCUGAGGCCUGCUCUGAAAAGGAACAACAUGUUGGCUGAGGUGGUGGAGAAGCUAAAGGAGACAGGAGGAGCCCAGGCGGCCCCCUCUGAGCUGACCAGUCCAGCUGGGCCAGGAGAGGUGACCUGCGACCUCUGCACUGGGCCAGGGAAGGAGAGAGCCCUCAAGUCCUGUCUGAUGUGUUUGUUGUCCUACUGCCAGACUCACCUCCAGCCCCACUACCAUCCUAAAAUGAAGAAUCACAAGCUGGUGGAAGCCACGUCUGGACUGAGUCUGCAGGAGAUGAUCUGCUCCAGUCAUGACAAGCUACUGGACGUCUUCUGUCGGACAGACCAGCAGUGUAUAUGCAUGCUGUGUACCAUGGAAGAACAUAAAGGCCAUGACACGGUGUCAGCCAAAACAGAGAGGAAGGAGAAACAGGACAAGCUGGUUCUGAGUCAGCAAGAAGUCCAGCAGAGAGUCCAGCAGAGAGAGAAGGAGCUGAAGGAGCUCCAACAGGCUGUGGAGUCUUUCAAGCGCUCAGGCCAGGCAGCAGUGGAGGGAAGUGAGAGGAUUUUCACUGGGCUUAUCCGCUCCAUUGAAAGAAGGCGCUCUGAGGUGAAGGAUCUAAUCAGAGCUCAGCAGGGGGCAGCAGUGAGUGAGGCUGAAGGACUGCUGGAGAGACUGGAGCAGGAGAUAGCUGAGCUGAAGAGGAGAGACGCUGAGCUGGAGAAGCUCUCGCACACAGAGGACAACAUCCACUUCCUCCAGAACUGCCAGUCUCUCUCCAGUACCAGUGUAUCUUCAGAUGUCCCCAGAAUGUCUGUUCCUCCUCUUCAGUACUUCAAACAUGUGACUGAGGUGGUCUCGAAGCUGAGAGACAAACUAGAGGAGCUGAUCCAGAGAGAGUGCUCCAACAUCUCCACCACAGUCUCCACAGUGGAUGUGUUCCUGCCUCCAGAGCCCAAGACCAGAGCAGACCUCUUACCAUAUUCCUGUCAGCUCACUCUGGACCCAAACACAGCACAUAAACGCCUCUCUCUGUCUGAGAACAGGAAGGUGACAUAUCCAAUGCAGCAGCAGCCAUAUCCUGACCAUCCAGAGAGGUUCACCAAGUACAGUCAGGUGCUGUGUAGAGAGGCUCUGUCUGGACGCUGUUAUUGGGAGGUGGAGAUGAGAGGUAACGGUGUUGACAUAGCAGUCUCAUAUAAAGACAUCAGCAGAACAGAGGGUAACUCCUACUUUGGUAACAAUAACAAGUCCUGGAGGUUACAAUGUUUUAGUGGUGCUUACAAGUUCAGACAUAAGAGUGUUUUUACUGCAGUAGCAGGCCCUCAGUCCUCCAGAGUAGGAGUGUACCUGGAUCAUAAGGCAGGUACUCUGUCCUUCUACAGUGUCAUCUCUGACACAGUGACCCUCCUCCACAGAGUCCGGACCACUUUCACCCAGCCACUCUACCCUGGGUUUUGGCUUGGUAACCAUGGUAACAGUGCAGAGAUUAUGAAGCUGUGGUAGAGGGUCUUGUAGAGGAGUAUAACCUUCAUACAUUCAAAAUUCUGCAGCUAGAUUAUUAACCAAAACUAAAAGGAGAGAACACAUAAGUCCUGUCCUAGCUACUUUACACUGGUUCCCUGUUACCUUCAGAA